UUGUUGACCAGCCAAACAAAUACCUUGUUGGGACUUGAGAUUUUUUAAUAUUAGAUUCUAGAUCUUUAUAAAAGUUUACUUUACCCUGAUCUAGAUCUAGACUUGAUCUGUCUUUUGUUCCAAAGUAACCACUUAGAAACGCGUAAAAGUCAGUUUUAAAAGAUUAUGAUAUUAUAACAUAAAAAUAACUAAAAUUUCAUACAAUGAGUAAAGUCAGUAAACCCACAGCCCUUCAUUUAUCAAUGAAUAAAAAUGCAGAAACUCAUGGAGUGUUCUGGAACACAAAAGCAAAAAACGAGCCAAAAAAGUUUGGUUAUAAAACAAGAAAGAUGAAACACCCUAUACGGCAGCCCGAUGAAGAUGAAAUCUAUGCUAAACUUGAGGAAGAAAAGGAGGAAGAGAAAAAGAAAUUCAAUAAGAACAACAUAGACUUCAUCAGAAAAAACAAAGAAAGGUUAAAGGCUAAAGGUCAAGACCAGCAAGUACCACCUGGUACCACUCAUAUAAAGCCAGGCACCGUGACCUUGACCCAGGAUCAACUGGCUGCUCUGCUAGCAUCCCUAGGGAAAACAGAAGUUAAAGAUGGGAAAGAUAACCCAUUCAAGAUCAGCAUUGAUGUUUCCAAAAACAAAAUUGAGGUAGAAAGACUAGCUGGUGGUAAUGGUAGAGAACCAGUGCGCAAUCAGGUGACAGAGAGUGAUGAUGAGGCUGAUGUUGGAAUAAAUGCCCUGAUUAAUAGGCCUGGAUCUAGAAAAAUGGAAAGGAAUAAAAGUGAUAAGGAAAACAAGUCAAUGUCUGAAGGAGCCAGACCAUACCAGGCUCCAACUUACUCCCCUAGAGAGGCACCUAAGAAAGAUGCUGAAGACAUGCCUGAAACCAUUCACUGGAAACACAUGACUGUUGGGGAGAGAAAACGGCUACAGUGGGCUCGGGAGAGAGCGGAGGCUGCAGAAGAUUUUAGCCCCUGGGGGAGACCUGGGGGUGGGGCACCCCCUAAAAAACAAGAGGAGGUAACUUACAUUAAGGACACAGGUAGAAGAAUUGAAAGUCCAAAUGUUGAUGCCAAUACCAAGCUUAAGCAGGCAACUCUUGCUGAAGAAAUUGAAAAACUUCAGAAAGACAUAUUGGAAGCAGAGAAAAGAAAAAAAGCCAAAGAGGAAAAGAUAAGAAAAGAGCUGUCUGAUAAACAGAAAGAAAAGGGGGAGUUUAAUGGACACACUAGUAAUGUUAAGGGCAGCCAAGAGAGGGCUGAUGAAAAAAUUGAUAGUAUAAAGUGUGAGCACCUCUACCUUGAAGUAAACAAAGAUGUUUGUUUAUCUCAGCAGACUGAGAGACAAGAUGAUGUUUUAAGCAAGAAGGAAUUGGAGAGAAGGAGAUGGUUAGCUGAACUUGACAAACAAAGAGAAGAACAGCGCAUGAAGAAACAGAUGGAGAAAGAGCAAGACAGAACUGGGUUACAUGACCAGUGGGCUGACCGCUUCAUUUACCACAAAACAUUUGAACAAAUUUCUCCAAGAUAUGCCCAGGUUAGCCAGAAGCCUAAAGACCCAGAGCCUGGACCAGUUGUGUCUGUGGAAACUAGUGCGCCACCUGCAGCAAUGAGGAGUUCAAUGGUUGUUGGGACUGGGGCUCUCAAUGACAAAAGGUACGACAAAACAAAAGCAGAGGAGAAGCGCAAGUGGCUGGAGGAUUUAGAGAAACAAAGAGAGGAACAACGUCUAGCCAAGCAGGCCCAGAAAGAGAGGGAGAGACACCAAGAUGAUGGGGCAUGGGCAGAUCACUACCAGUCAGAUCACAAGAAGUUGCUGCCCACACAGGAGGCCAACUCAAACCAUCCUCAUCCCACGAAAGGCUAUGAAGCAGAGUCUAAGCUAAACGAUGGGUUAUGGGCUGACCCCUAUCCCUCUGAUCACAAAAAACUGCAUCAAGCUAGGGAGGUAAAUCAGACUCAUCUUGGUUCACCACGAGGUGUAGAGUUGUCUCCCCAGCGAACCAGCAGUGCACCCCACACUACUAACCCAGACACCAACACUGGGAAUGAUGAACCGAAAUCAUUUUUACGGGGUCAGAGGGCAUUUUUUGACCCUGCAACUCAGAAGGAACAGGAAGAAAAGAGAAAGGCUCAGCUGGAUUAUCAAGCGCAAGUUAAAGCCCAGAUUGAAGAAAAAGAAAGAAAAAAGAAAGAAGAGAGAGAAAGGAAAAUUCGUGAAGAUAUUGAAGAAGAGAGGAAACUACAGAUGGAGAGGGACAAGAUGAACAUGCAGUCAGAAUAUGAGCAAAGGAAGGUCAAAGAAAGGGAGGAGUUGCGACAAAAGCAAAUGGCUGUGCUGAAAACAGCUAUGGACGAAGCUGAAGAAAGGGCAAAAGAAGAAAAAAAUACCAAGAGGAUUCAUCAUCUCCAGCAGCAGGGCCAUGACGUGUCACAGCUAAAGGCUACUUAUGGAGACUGGGACAACUCUGCUAUAUCAAACAAUGAAGUAGCAGUUUCCCCAAGAAAAUAUGACACGACCACCAUCCCAGGGAUGGAAGAUUUGCUGACUGAACGCUUUUCUCAAAAGACGCGCCCGGCAUCGCCCCCUGCAUCAUACAGACACCAGGAAUAUGAGCACAACCAAAGUUCAAGGCCAUACAACAACGAGCCCUACAUAGAAGACAGGGUGUUGACUCCCAGUAGGUUUAGGAGCCCCAGCAAGCCCCAGGAUAUCCCAGACUCACCACGGAGGGAAUUUGGCACACAGACAUUGGAGCUGAAAGAUCUGAAGAAGAUUCUUCAAAGUCUGCCGGAUGAUGUUCAGAUCGAGUACAAAAUGAAAGUGGAGGAGGCUCUAAAGGAGAAGAUUAAAAAAGAUCCAAAACGUAAAGUCCAUGUUAAGAGUGCAGAUGACAGCCAGAGAAUGUCCAAGAAAGCAGAACCAGUCGCCAAAGCCCCGGGCAAGGAGAAAACUCUGACGCUGGGUGAACGACCUCUGUGGAACCAGAAGUCCAGGAAAACUGCUGUGAAGAAGAAUUCCGAAAAAGAUCCGUUCUACGCCCAAAAACGACAGGAAGCGGAGGAAAGGAGGACUAAAAGGGAAAGACAACUCCUGUACCUUCAGGAACUCAACAUGACCAGAAUUCCCUCCCAUUCGAGGAGCCCGGGCAGGAAUCAGAGGGAUGCGUCGCCGGAUGAUGUACCGCAGGUGGAGGAGCGAGGGAGGAAACCCGCUCCGACCCGCAAACCCAAAAGUGAGAAAGCAUCUGACCCCAACCGAGACACAUCCCCAAACGUCUUGUCCCUGCUGAACGACAGAAGCAAAUCUGCUCUCAGCAACUCUCCGCCAGUCCCGUCUGUCAAGCAUCGCACCAACAGGACCGUCGACGCAGACCCCUACGCCUACACCAACAACUACCUCAGCAGCAGCCAGACUGAAAGGUACGCGGAUGCCGCCAUAGAGCCCAACAAAGACGAUUUCCUUCCCUUCAUGCGGACCACAGAAAUACUCGACCCAUCAAAAGCUGAAGAACCUGUAGCCAUCUCACGUGAGAACUCCCGCAUGGAAAGGGCCAGAAAAGCUUAUUAUGAAAUACACCACCCAGCUAACAAGGGGAGGAAACUAGACAUAUACCAGGACAGAGAAAGGGAGGCAAUUCUAAAGGGGCCACAAAACCAGUUAACAAACCCAGGGUUAGUGCUAGAUCAUCCCACAGCAAGACAGGACAUGAUUCUACAACAGCUGUCAUCUCUCAAGAAGACGUUGAUGCAGCGGCAGAAAGAACUAGAAGACUACAUGAUGCCAGACUACGACCAGGAAACAGCCAGGGGGUAAAGCAGUGGUGUACAGCGGACUCUACACAAACUCAACUGAAUACCAGGCCAAAAUACCACAUAAAACUUGUGUGCAUUGUGUUAUACUCAUGUAUGGAAUUAUACUGAAAACAUAACUAUAAAAAAAUUAAAUUAUUGAAAAAUGUAAAUUAAAACACUGAGGUAAUUGUUAUUAUUGAACAUUAAUAUUUUUAGCUGUACAUAUAUUUAUAUAUAUAUAUAUAUAUAUUUUUCUAUAUUAUUUUUAUUAAAUUAUACCCCAAAACAGAAACCGCUCUUGAUUUAAAGUCUUUUCCUUGGAUCAAUCAAUGUAUGAACACAGUUGUUGUGAGCCCCUCGAAAUGUCACACUUCAUUAUUUUGAUGAUUCAGAGAUUAUGUUAUUGUAUAUGUUCUUCUUCCGUACAGUUAUACCAUUGCCAAACAUAGAAGAUCUGAUGAUACUAUUGAUGUAUUGUAUACCGUAAAUUUUAAUGUUGAACAAAGUUGCGUUACAUUUGAAUGAAUAGGCCUACCUUACUAUGUUAAGUUUUGUUACCUCCCAAAAAUUGUAGUUGAAUAGAAAUACAUUUUCUCAUUUUUUAUAACUUACCUUCUU